AUGGAUUCAUACUCUGACUCUCCUUUUAACUACUCCUGGCCCUCUUUCCCCAAGACGAGGAUACGCAAGAAGAUGGACAAGCAAGAGAAGAGCCAGUCAAUGAGGAGGGCCCAGGCUCUGUCCUCUACUCUGGCUGCUGCCUCCAGACUCUCAGCCAUGAUCCACCAACCAGGGAAGGACCAGGUGUAUGCUAAUGCCAUGCUGGUGGACCAGGUGGAUGACCUGGAUAUAAAGUACCGUUCUCCAGUGGAGGAGGAGGUGAGCUCUGUGCCACAGAGGAACAGCCCUGCCUGGGACUCCUUCUUUGGAAGUCUCCCUGGCUCCACGGCUCCUCACAGGGACCAGGCCUUCCCCCUUCCUUCAUCUCCCUUGGCCUACCCCUUUCCUUUCUCUGGUGGUGGUAAUAGGGGGAGGAUCCAGCCGUCCGUCUCCCUCUCCUCUGGGCUCAGUCACAGAGGAACCAGUCGGCCUGAGAAGACCUGUGUACUGAGUUCCAGUCUGGAACCAGUAGAGUGUGACAGUUGGGAGGAGGACACCCUGUGCCAGUCUCCCCCCUCCCUCCCCAACUUUUCAUCUCCCUGGCAACGCUCUGACCUGCAUACUAGCUCUGGGGACGAGAGGGACUCCUUUGACAACUCGUCGUACUUCAACAGUACACACUCUAACAAUUCACACACACCUUCCAAGGAUCAGUCAGACCCACAGCUUCGUCUGCGCUCUUACUCCUACUCCUCCCCCAAGGCCCAGCUUUCACGCCCCCUGUUCACUCGAGAUGCAGCGAUCUCCGACCUGACAGAAGAGGCCUCUGGAGAAGAAUGUGGCGAUGUUAAAGACCAAAUCUCUCCCACACAGAGGCUGAGGGAUGCUGUGGGGGUCAGUGUGGACAGUGAUGUGUGGAACAGCUGCUCCCUUAAUGAAGAGGGGGUACAGGUCACAGGGACCGCCCCAUCCACAGACCACCAUCUCACCACACAGGAGUCGGUCGACACCCCCCUGCUCAGCGACCUAUCGGCUGACCUGUUGGGGUUUGAGGUGGAGUCCUGGAGUCUGGCCGUCACAACUGAGUUCUGCAGAAAACACGACAAACACACCGUCAAACGUCAGGAUGUCAUCUACGAGCUGAUGCAGACAGAGUUGCACCACAUCCAGACACUGACGGUGAUGUCCGAGGUGUUUCGUCGAGGGAUGCUGGAUGAGCUCCAACUGGACUGGGAGUGUGUGGCUCGCAUCUUUCCCUGUCUGGAUCCUCUCCUGCUCUUCCACAGGAAUCUCUUCGGAUCUCUACAGGAGCGGCGAUACGCUUCAGCCCAGCCAGGACACCCACACAACUACUGCAUCCACAGUAUAGGGGAUAUACUGUUGCAACAGUUCUCAGAAGACAACGCUGUGAAGAUGAAGCAAGUGUACGGAGAGUUUUGUAGUCACCACACGGAGGCUGUCAAAGUCUUCAAAGAGCUGCAGCAGCAGAACAAGAAGUUCCAGGUGUUUGUCAAACAACAGAGUAACAACUCUCUGGUCAGAAGAAGGGAGGUGCCAGAGUUCAUCCUGUUAGUGACUCAGCGCAUCACCAAGUACCCUGUACUACUGGAGAGGAUACUGCACUAUACACCCGAGGGCAGUGAGGAGCACACUGAGCUGUCGCAGGCACUCACUCAGGUGCGUGACAUCAUCACUGCAGUGGACAUGAGUGUGAGCAAGUACGAGAAAGCCCAGGAGCUGCAGGAGGUGUUGAGUCGCGUGGAGAACAAGAGCCUUUCCAAGCUGAAGAGCGGCGAGGUGUUCCGCAAGGACGACCUGCUAGGAAAACACCAACAGAGGGCGCUGCAGCACAAAGGACUUGUCUACUGGAAAACCGCUACGGGACGACUGAAAGACACCCUGGCUCUGCUGCUGACUGACGUCCUGGUGUUCCUGCAGGAGAAGGACCAGAGACUCAUAUUUGCCGCCGUGGACCAGAAGCCCCCAGUCAUCCCCCUGCAGAAGCUAAUUGUGAGAGAGGUAGCCAAUGAGGAGAGAGGGAUGUUCCUAAUCUCUGCCUCCUCAGUGGGGCCUGAGAUGUACGAGGUUCACACCUCCUCGAAAGAAGAGAGGAACGCCUGGAUGAGACACAUACGACGGGCCGUAGAGAGUUGUCCUGAGGAGGAGGAAGAGAGAAGUGUUGAGACUGAGGUCAGACGGAACACUGAGCUGAGAGUUCAGAAGAUCUACAAACUCCAAGAUACCCUGGCAAGUCAGGACCAGCGUAUCUGCAGGGGUCUGGAGGAGAAGCUACAGCUGUAUGCCGAGCUGACAGAGUUAACCCUUCGUACACCAGAGCCCCUGCCACAGCACCACCUACUGGUCCAACCAGACCCUGAUGCUCAGAUGCCACCGCAGACCACUGCACUACUCACAGCUGCACUCAAAGAGGCGGAGAAGCUGAUGUCUACCUUGCAGGCCAGUGAGGCCCCCACUGAGCCCAGCCACAGCCCCCCUGUCAGAGUCCCAGAGUACUGCAGUUACAACAGCCAUUGCAGGAUCCAGGAGUUACCCGCGGAGUUGGACUAUCUGAGCACGCUCAGAAGGAGCUCGGCCUCUCUGUUGUCGGAUGGCGAGUGGGCAGGGCCAGACACCAUCUUGUGGCACUCUAUAACCGAGCUGAGGAGAAGAGACACCAAUGGAACACCAAUGAAGGUGGCAGAGAGUGUCCAGAGCCUGACCCAGCUGCUCUACAGUCUGCAGGCAGCUGUGACCAUCCAGGACAGCUGCUAUGAGGUUCAAAAGCUCCUCCUACUGGAGCUAGAGCACCCGCUCCCACACACCCCCUCCUGUCUCCAUGGCAAUGGGGCCCAGGAGCAGGAGAAACAGCGGAGUGCUGAGAAGAAAAAGGAGGAGGGGGAGCAGGUGAGUCUGUUGGAGCAGCGUGAGCGACAGUGCCACCUGGAGGCUGAGAGGCUGCGCCACGAGCGGGAAGAGCUGGAGCAGCAGCUGUUGGAGUACCAGCAGAACCUAGAGAGGCUGAGGGAGGGUCAGAGGAGCAUGGAGAGGGACAGGGACAGGGUGGAAGCUGAGCACAGGCUGCUCCAGAGCUGGAGACACAACCGCCAGAGCUCCCUGCCUAUUAUGAUAUUGCUGGACCUGGACCAGGUGUCCAACCACAGUCGGUCAGGCAGCCUGGACGGCAACGAGGCUGCUCUUCUCCAUUCCCUCCAACAGAAUCGUCUCCACCACAACCAGCACCAGAGCCUCCACUCUGGCCUGAGAAAGAGCCAGGACAGCCCCAAUCACAGCCCCAUCCAUAGCCCCAACCUGAGCCUCAGGCCCAGCCUCUAUAACAGCCUCAACACUCUGCUCAGCCAGGCCCACAGUAAACCAUCCACAGAAUCACUGACACACCAACACUAUGCUCACCCCCAGCACAGCCACCUCCAGUCAGGAAGCUCCCCAAACAACCCCUUUAGGAGCAGGUUCACCACAGGACAUGAGGGGCCCAACAACAACAGUGAGUAUGAUGCUGUCAUAGACAGCAGAUUUGUGUGGAUCUCAGAGGAUUUUAAGCCAGGGGUUCUCAAAGUGGGGUCUGCGGAUUUCAGCCCUCCUCGGGACAGGCUGACCCUGGGGUUGUUGGGUUCAUUGGGGUCAGGGGUCACAAGCCUGGGUCUGUACGAGGAGAACUUCCCCGCCUCGGCAUCCUUCACUCCUCUGCUCACCCCACAGGCCUGCUUCUCUUUGAAUGGAAAGAACAGGGAGGAUGGGGGAGAGGAGAACAUUGUGUACCUCUGA